AAACUUUUUGAGGUUAAAGAAAAAAGAAAACAAAAAAUUUUCAAUUUUCAACAUAUUUAAUUUUGUCGUUUUUCCUGGCAUUUAAUCAUCACUCUUUCACUAAGGAUCAAUAAUAAUCAUGUUGAAGACAACAGCAAUGUUAAAUUUAAUCAGAAUCAGCACACGUUCAAUGAGAACGACAACAAUUUAUAGAAAUGUGCAAGCAGCAACAGCAACAUCAGAAAAACUCCAGGUUCCAGUACCCGAAUCAAGUGACAAACCAUUCAAUCCAAAGCUUGAUAACAUCGUGAAUCAAAUUGCCGGUCUUAAUAUCUUAGAAGUCAGUGAAUUGAGUAGUUUAUUAAAGAAGAAAUUAAAUCUUCCCGACACAGCUAUGAUGCCAAUGAGUGGAUUUGUAGCACAAGCAGGACCAGCCCAAGCUGCAGAGGAAGAAGAGGAAGCAGCACCAAAAAUAGUCAAGUCCUUAUUUAAAGUUAAAAUGACUAAGUUCGAUGACAAACAAAAAGUUGCAUUAAUUAAGGAAAUUAAGAGUUUAUUCGAUGGAAUGAAUUUAGUACAGGCUAAGAAGUUUGUCGAGAGUGUUCCAACGAUUGUAAAAGAGGAUGUUUCAAAGGAAGAAGCUGAGAAAUUAAAAGAAGCACUGACGAAAAUCGGAGCAGUCAUUGAAGUUGAAUAAAUUACAUUAUUUGAAGAUUUAAAGAUAAGUAAUAAGAUUGUAUAAUAGGCAGUUUCGCAAACAAAUUCUUAGAAUAAAAAAAAAGUAAAGAAUACAGAACUAGCUUAGCUGUUUGUCUGAUUAAUAGAUUGAUUUUAGACUCUUAUAAUUCUGAUAGGUAAUUUUAGCAUGAAACCUGAUAUGUAUAAAUGAUGCAACAAAGGGGACUAUGCAAAUGCUAUUGAGAAAUAUAUCAAAAGAAAAUUAACGGGUGCUCGGGACUUAAAUAUUAACGGAAGUUCAAAAUUCGAAAUGAUUUGUUGCUCAGAAUUCAACAUUUAUCGUUUGCUCAGAAUUUAAAAUUUUAC